CAAGAAUCCUUGGGUCACUUGGGUGUUUGUAAACAUAGACACGUUGGAAAACUUCCACAUUAUUAUGUGAAUACUUUUCCCAUUUUAGAGGCAAGCAAGUGCUUCUGAUUAUGGAGGUCGACGACUUUCAAUCUCAAGAGCCUGAACUCGAGAUGGAAGGCAGCAAGCGGGAAGGGACCAAGCGAGGCAGGAAACCAGGACGAAAAGCCAAGUCUGAUAUGAAGGCCAAACUGGAACGCAGCCGGCAAAGUGCAAGAGAAUGCCGUGCCCGUAAAAAGUUACGUUACCAGUAUUUGGAGGAGCUAGUAGCCAAUAGAGAGAAGGCUGUAUUUGCUUUACAUCGUGAAUUAGACCAGUAUCGACAGUGGGCAAAGGAUAUAGAUGAAGGAAAAAUUCCAGAAGGGUUGUUGAAGUUAAUUGAAGAAGAAAAGAUAAAAAAAAAUGAAAAUGAAUGAAUGCUGGUAUAUGAACAAAAUUAACAUGCCUAUGAAGAAAUUGGUCAAAAUCAAACCUUACUUUGAGUUAUGAUAAUUUGUUUUUAUUGUGAAAAACAAUCGGUAAAAUUUAGUUGAAUAUUUUAAGUAACACUUACCCUGACCAGUAACACUAUAACAUAACAGAUGUUGAUAACUUAUUCAGCAUUUUGUUUACAUUAAAAACAAGGCCAACAUUAUGAUGACCACUAAGUUAAUGUAGCCCACAUUGUUGUCCUCCAGCAGGUGGUCUCCUUGCUGACUUUGUAUGAUUUAAGUUUUUGAAGAUUUUUUUUUUUGAGAAUUCUAUAAAUUUCAUAUUUUCAGUCAUGGUAUGGCAUUGCCUUCAUGUGCCCAUUAUUUUCAUUCCUUCAUGAUUAUUAUAUAGUUGUUAUAGACUUCAUUUCACUGUCUUAGAUUAAGAUUUGGUUCUUCGGUAACCAAUAAAAAGAUAAUUGGUCGUAAGUGGAUAUUAAUUAUUUUUUAUUUUCCUCCAGAGAAAAUUUUAUAAAAAUUUAUGUAUGAAUAAAAGUGAAAACCGA